CUGAAAUACAGAAAAUACAACAACAAAUACACAAAACAGUAUAUUUUAAAUAGAAGGCAGUCAUGGCAGUCUGUGAUAUACACAUUUUGGCUCAAGCAACUCUUUAUCUUGGUGCCUUAGUUGCCGGUUUUGUGAUAGCAAUUCCCAUAGGCGUAAAUAGGAGUACUUUUCAAGGAGACUGCAUACUGUAUGCCAGUACUGAGUGGACAGACAAAAGUUUCACCCUUCAACCCAGCAGUGCCAUGAACUGCAAUUUUCCAAUCUACUUCAGCGUGUUUGGGUUGAUAUUCUAUGGGCUCGGCACAGGGCUCUAUAACCUCUAUGCUGUGCUUCGAUCAAGAAAGGACCCAGAGAUUGGUUCCCAGAUGUGGGUGAUGCCAUUCAUUCUGGUGAAUGCUGUCCUGGCUGUGGGCACACUGAUCGUUGCUUGUAUCAUCUCGGUGGGCUUUCUGCAGUUCUGUAAUGGCCUCACCAAGACGAACCAGAUCAAACAUUGCUAUGACAAGGAAAACGUGUCGUUCAAGUAUGAGAAGACGGGGAAGAUGUUUAACACGGGGAAUUACUUCAAACUGUUGAGUGUCUCUCAGACUGGUGCCUGGGUGGCCUUGUUGAUAUGGGUGGCUCAAAUAGUUCUGUGUGUGCUGAGAUUCGUCCGUAACCGAAGGCGACGCUCGGCAGCCAUGAUGGACAAUGCACAGCAAAGCCAAGUGACCAGCGACACAAGCCGCAUCGCAGAGCUUGAGCCCACUGCUUGAAGUGCAGAUGACUGGAGAAAAAAAUAUUUGAAAAAGGGAAUAAAUUUUCCUCCAAAUUUACUUCCUAAAAUAUCAACACAUAACUCCAUCCGACCAUACUCAUAAAAUUGAAAAUUUUAAAAUCUCAUGAAAAAGUAUAAUGAAAUUACUGGUAAAGGUUGAAUUUUAAAUCUCAUGAAAAAGUAUGAUGAAAUCACAGGGACAGGUGGUGCUUAAAGCAGUAGGUGCAUAUAUAUACAAAAACAAUGAAAAAUGCUCUUUAUAAAUGUCAUAUUGUACAAAACAAAUCUUGAAAUCAUGCCUAUUCCAUAACUAGUUAUGUAAGAUGCAUUGAUUUUCUUAACAAAAAAGAUAACUUAAUCCUUCUACAUGAUAAAAUUUGCAAAUAUUUUUUUUUAAUUCUCAAUGUAUUAUGCAAUUCUAUUGAAUGCAUUUAUUUGCUGUAGUCCUUCACCCCAAGACAAUAUAGUUUUGAUAAUACUUAAUUCUAUUAAUGCAAACCUUCAGCAUUUAAGAAAAAUGAUAAUUAUAAUUUAAAUUAUAUUUGAAUAAUUAGAAUUUACAAAAUAUCCUGCUGAUAUUAAUCUCAGAAAUUGGCUAUUAUUGUUGAUGAUAGCUUACGUUUGAGCAAUACAUACCAUACUAUUAAUGAAGAUGUGUUAUUUUGUGAUGAAUUUGAAUCAAAGGCUCUUGAUGUAUGCAAAUUCAUUUUAUUUUUUCAAAACAUUGAUCAUUAAUGAAGAUGUGUUAUUUUGUGAUGAAUUUGAAUCAAAGGCUCUUGAUGUUUGCAAAUUAAUUUUAUUUUUUCAAAACAUUGAUCAUUUCCACAAUACAUGUUAUUUUUUUCUCACUUUUUAUUAAUUUUUUCAGAUGAAGUUGGUGCUUAUGAAUUUAUAACUUUGUUAAAUUUAUCGUGAAUUAAAGAGACUAGACACCAGAUGAUACCAUUGCAAGAAAAAAAAGAAAAUUGUCAAAAACAUACAUACAAUUUGAUAUCUCUGUGUACAAUGCAUUGAAUCUUUCUGACUGAUUUUAAUAUCGCUUACGACACACGUAUCUUUUGCACUUUUUGUGUAUUUUUCCAAUUUGAAAUCUGCUGCUUUUGUUUACCACAUAAACUCCAGUAAUUUUAAAAAUAGUGUUUGCAUGUGUAUCUUAAAUACUGAUCAUGUGAGAUUCACAUGCUUAAUAUGCACACUAUGAACUGGGAAAACAUUAUAAGCUAUUUUCAAACAAGUAAAUUCAGCUGAGACAUGAUUCUUUUAAUCGUGUAAAAUGAUGUUUUAUCGGCCUCAUACUAGUUUAUAUUGAUAAUUCUAGGCUUGUUUUGAGGAAAUGCUGUAUAUGCUGAUUUUUGGAAUAUCUGGUGUCUUGUCCCUUUAAAUUAUUACUUUGAUCUUCGUUUUUAUCGUGGAAACAGUUCGAUUGUUGUAUUAUAUAAAAAUUGGAUAGUUCUUACUUUAGCAAUAAAUUGAUAAUGAAAAGUUUGGAUAUGAAUAAUAAAAAAAAUAAAUAUUUUAUUAGCCAUGUUAAAAAAAAAGUUAAACUUCUAAAUAUAGUUUUUUUUAAGCAUUUUGAUGUUUUGUGUUAUGGAAUUGGAGAAGUGAGAUGUUUUGUUAUUGUACAUAAUUAUAUACAUAUACAUAUAACUAUUACUUUUUGAAUAUGUUAUAUCUUAUUUCUAUUAUUUCACCAAAAUAUGGAAACAAACUCAUAGAUCUUUUUUGUCAUUUUUGUUUUUUGGUAUAAAAUUGCAUGAAGUAUAAUAUUAUGUAUUUAUCAUAUGUAUAAGAAAUAUUAAAAUGAUAGUAUUUCUUAAUUGAAACUGGUAAAUAGUUAGAAUUUGAAAAUAUGAAAUUAUUAUGUUUCAAUAAUGUUUUUUCUCGUUUCGUUAAUGAAUGUUUGUCAUUUAUUUUGAUUUAGUUGUUACUUUUACUGAAGACAUGUACAGUAGGGAUCGACAAUCGAUCUUAAACCAUGAGCAAUCAUCGAAAAUAAUCGAUCAAAUCAUUCUGAUCAAUUUAUGCUUAUGUAAUCAAAAGUACAUAAAAUGUAUAAAAUACUCAUAUUCGUGCACUAAUAACAAAGAAUGAACAUGAUAGUAAUUAUUUAUAUUAUAUUCUUGUUAUUUUAAAGUUAAUUUUCAAUAAUAUGAUUUAGCUUUUAGCUGAAUAGAAAAAGAUUCAUUCUGUUGUUCUGCAUUUUUUUCCGAUUUUAGAGAAUAAAGUCAUAUAGCCAUAAUUGAUUCUGAUGUUAUGCAAUUGAUAAUCGUUGACAAAAAUUGUUAACAAUUAAUUUUUGAGAAUAUUUGGUAAACCUUUAAUCCUAAUUUAUAUUGUUGUUCUAAAAUAAUAUGAUUCUAUUUAUAGGUAACAAUCAAAUUGAUUAUUUGCAACUUCAAUUGUAAACAAUAAAUUUUGUCAAACCUCAUUGGCUUGAACUCCCAGGGACCGGUGAAAUACCUUGAGCCUCGAAAAACUCGAGCCAAGUGGAAUGCUUACCUUUAGUUUAAAGAAAUCAAGUCUUUUACAACCAAUUUGAGCCAAAGAGGAAUUCGAGCCAAUUUGGUUUGACCGUACUCCACCAUUGGUUUAUCCCACAGUAAGAUUAAGAGUAAGAUGAAUGAACUGUUUAUGAUUGAUUUUUCUGAUCACAUAUAUACACUUGUAAUUAAUGAUCCUUCCUCUGUACAUAAUGUCUAUACAAUACUCAUGGGGCCGUUUUAAUUAACAUUUUAGUCAUACAUAAAUUAUCUUAGUGUCAUAGAUUCAUUAUUUGUCUACAUAUUUGAGUGCAUGAACUUAAGCCAGUAUCAAAAAUGAACACAAAAAUGAACACGAAAAUGAAGGGAACGAAAUCAAAACUUGUGGCAUUUAUACAGAUUUAAGAUAAUUUAACUAACGACUUAAAUCCUUAUUGAAAUUACCUAGAUCUAAGUCUAUAAGUGUAUGUUUCACUUAAAAUUUGUUAAUUUUAUCAUAAUGGUACUGAAUUUUUGAAGUGCUCCAGCUAGGCCUAAAUAGCAGGGUGGGGCCCCCACUGCCCUUUUAUAGCACCCUGCUGCCUUUUACUACACCCUGCUGUCCCCUUUUGUUUGACAGAGUCAUUUUUCAGAAAUAAGAAUAAAAAUAAUAAAUAUACAUUAUUUAUACACUAAAGUAAAGAUAACAGCUAAGGUAUUCAUAGCAAACUACUAGUAUUGGUAUUAGUUACAAAACAUACAUUAUUAGAAUUGAACAUUGGCCUUGCAAGAGCCCCAUUAAGGCUCAUUCAAUAUGCAUCAAAAGCGCCCUUUCUCACCUAGCACCCUGCCCUUUUUAAAUCCUGGCUGGAGCACUGCCCGGGUUGCAUUCAUAAAACAUCUUAAGUCAUUUCUUAACUUAAGUCAAUUUCCUAAGUUUUUCAUUAUCAUAGUCAAAUUAGAAGAAAAUAAUUCGUGUGUUUUUAACAUGAAAGUAUGUAUUUUGAUUAAAAUCAAUGAUAAUAUUAAGUAUUUGAGAUAUUAUGAAGUUAUUAUAUUACAUGGUAAGUGAGAUACUUAACUUUAGAUAAUGACUUAAGUUAGGAAAUUACAUAAGAUGAGUUAUGAAUUCCACCCCUGAUAUAUAUCCGACUUGAACAAAAAUUUAGAUUUUUGGUAAUGCAUAUUGUUUGCAUUUAUAUUUGUUUGCAUUUGUCACGGUGCAGUAUUAUAUGUUAAAAAAUAAUGUUCGGCCUCGUGCAAUUCACUUAUUUAUUGAUAAUUUGUUAAAUAAUUUCAUGCACUUAAAGGAUUAAUAGAUUAAACUCUAAAUUUUCAAAAAAAUAAAAUUAACAUAUAACAAAGAACAACCCUUAAAAUGCAUAAUAUAUUUACUGCUGUUUCUGAAUUUCCAGCUUCGAAUCUAUAUCAUUUUUUGGCCCUGUUUAAUUAGCCAAAUUCUUUAAAAAGUGGGCUUUAUAUCUAUAUCACUUUUUGGCCUGGGGCCGCUUACUGAUAUAGAUAUUGGCACUGUUAUAGAGGAGGCCUUUGUAUUUUUGGGCGAGGCAGAUGCUGUAUUUAAGGGCUAAUAAUUAAUAGUUAUUUAAUAGUUUGUUAUAAAAAUUCUCUGUUCAGUUGAUAUGGCAAACUUCAUUAUUUCUAGUCAGAUUUGUCAGGUAGUAAAUUCUUUAUUUCAGUAUAUUUUCCAAAGAAUGAUUAUUGUUGAUAAUUUUUGUACUCCGGUUUUUAUUAAGUUUAUUAUCCUAAAAAUUGAAUCAUUGAAUAUUUCAGUGCUCAAAUAGUAUUUAAAUAUAAUGAAAAGUGUUUUUUGUUGUACCUAAUUCAAAUUAAGCAAUAAUUUUGCUGCAAGCAACUACCUCUUACAGCUAGGCUAACUCAAACCCUAACAGCAUUCAUUGUGUAACAGCGACCAACACAAUACCGUUUCAAAAAAUUAAGCAUGAGAUUAUGUUCUGUAUAAAUGUUUGAAAUUGAGUUGAAUAUUUAGCGUUAAAGUCCUAGUUUAAGGAAUGUUUGGCAUGAAAAUCCCCUGCUGUGCAUCUCGUUCUAAUUGCACUGGUGUCACAUUGGGGGCCAAUUUCCUGUGUAUUUGUUAAUUGGCUCAGGGCCAUUAGGGUCCAAUUUUAUAAUAAAACAUCCCAGACUGCACAGCAAGAUACUCAGAUUGGAGAUCUGAUAAGACAGUAAGGCAAUAAGAUUAAGAUCAAUUAACAGAGGUAAUGUUCAAAUACACGGUUUGGGGGUGGGGGUGGGGGGGGGAGACGAUUCACUUAUAGAACGAUUAAACUAGGCCUUUAAGUAUAAAUUGUCAUGAUUAUAUGUUCGGCUUAAGAAAUAGUUAUCAUUAGGUGUAAAUCAUCUUUGCUGAUGUGAAUAAGUAAAGAGGAUAAUUGUUUGUUCCAAUGUAAGGCUGCAGUAAAUUGCAUAGAGUGAGAACCAAAUGCUAUAUUUCACUAGAGGCAUAGCAACGAGUGAUAUAUUUACUUUUGGUGUACACAAGAUGAAAUAUUUUGUGAUCUUAUACUGAAACAAACAAUUUUUCUUUUUAUUAUAUGGCUAAAAAGGAAAUGACAUUUUAUUGUUGAUUUUUAGAAUAGCGACAAAUUGUAUGCCAAAGGAACAUUAUUUCAGAAACAACGUCGUUAAAAUUGUGUUCCAGCCCGAGCGCGCUGAUGUUUGAUCUGGUCACAAGAAUGGGCUAAAAUUUAAAACAGUCAAAAAUAUCAUACUGAUAUUUUCACUGUUUGAAACAGUGAAAUAUGAUUUUUAUUUCACUGAUAAAUCUCUAUAAACCUCUGGAAAGCAUAUAAUUGAAAGAAAUAUUCAUCCUUAAUUAUAAAUAGUCACUUGAGAAAUAUUUUAUUAUUUAGUACAAGUUACUGGGCAUGAUGAAUUGUCCCAUUGUCUUUGGAACAAAACAAGAACAUCAAACCUUAAUAAGUUUGUGACAUAUCCACUUACACAAUAAAUCAAAUUCAUAAUUAUAAGAUAUUUAUCAUGUAUCUAUCUCCAUUGUGAUAAAAAAUCACCCCACCGAUGCUUGCCUUCAAUGUCAUGAAUGUGAUAUACAUAUAGUCUGUUUACCUGGGUGCUUUCCUGCAAUAUUGUAUAUAAUACAAUAAUCUUUGCGUUUACCAUAAUAUUAUACUUUAUAUAUCACAAUGUAUAUCAUUAUAAUAGUUACUGUUAGUUUACAAUGUUUUGACAUAGUUUUGAUCAGCCAUAGCUUUCUAAUGGUUCACCAAGACCUUAUCAUAUUUCUGUAUCUGGAAUGACCAAUAUACUUUUUACUAUAAUGCCUUUUAUAAUGUUGACUCUUGCAGAACUAUUUUCUCCCUACAGCUGCACUGUCACAGAUUAACUGGUUUGACAAAUUUUUUAUUUUUAUUUUUUUGGCAAGCUUUCAUAUUUCUGUUUGAAAGGUAAUGUUUUAUGGCUAAAAGCCUUAGUAAUGGUUUAAGAAAAAUGCAUAAAACAUCAGUUUGUGAACUUAAAUAAGAAAAUCUGCGAUCUGAUUUUUUUUAGCAGUCUUACAUCACUAGUUUCCAUGCAUUUGUGCAUAAAUUGGCUCAUUCCAAGACAAAAAUUGUCAAAACAAAUCAAAAUGUGAGAGUGCAGCUUUAACUGAGUAAAUUUGGUUAAAAAAACUCUACUUUUGUUAAUAUUCACUUACAUAAAGAUAUGAUUUAGUUUUCAUUGUUUAUUUUUACUAUAAUUUUUGCAUAUGUAAUAUCUGAAGGACAGCUGUUAUCAAGGGUGUUGUUUUAUAUGUAAACAUUUUUGCAUUUUGAUGCUGCCAUUUGGCCAUUUAUGUACACAUGCCUAUAUAGUCUUGCCAUGAACAAAUGUUAGGAAAACUAAUUAGCACCCAGAGUUAUUGGAAAUUCUCAUAAAAAUAGAUAUUAUUUGAAUUAUAUUAAUGUAUAAGUCAAAACACAAAACAAAAUGGAAACACACGAUAUGCAACCAAUGUUAAGAACCCCUUUAUUAAUAAAUUUAGUAAGUUUAUUCAAACAUCACUAAAAGGUACUCAUUCACAGAUUUUAUAGCUAAUGGCAACAUUUGUUUUUCUAAAAAUCUAA